CGUUGCCCGCGGAGCGCCUCUGCCGGCGUCGGCCCGCGCGUGGGCCAGGCCUUCCCGGUCCGCCAGGGGAGCGGCGGGCGCGCCCCGUUCGCCCCGACGCGCCGCGGCCCAGCAGGCGGCCGCACUACGACAUGUUCGGCGUCUCCCUCCGGGACCCAUCCUUGCUCCUUGCCAUCACUGUCAUUGGGGUCACAGUGGUCCUGUUGGCUCUGAGGAACAUGAACUCAAGGAGGAAACAGAUCACCUUACAGGACUCUGAAGCCAAGUACCUGCUGCCCUUGAUUGAGAAGGAGCAAAUCAGCCACAACACCUGGAGGUUCCGUUUUGGGCUGCCCUCAUCAGACCAUGUCUUGGGGCUUCCUAUAGGUAACUAUGUCCAUCUCUUGGCCAAAAUUGAUGGCGUUAUGGUGGUCAGGGCUUACACGCCUGUGUCCAGUGAUGAUGACCGAGGCUUUGUGGACUUGAUUAUAAAGGUCUACUUCAAAAAUGUGCACCCCAAUUAUCCAGAAGGGGGGAAGAUGACUCAGUACUUGGAGAACAUGAAAAUCGGGGACACCAUCCUUUUUCGAGGGCCAACUGGUCGCCUCUUCUAUAAUGGGCCAGGGAACUUUUCAAUCAAGCCAUACAAAACAAGUGAGCCUGAAAAGAAGCUGGUCAGUCACCUGGGAAUGAUUGCUGGGGGCACAGGGAUCACGCCCAUGCUGCAGCUCAUUCGCCACAUCACCAAGAACCCCAACGACAGGACCAGGAUGUCCCUCAUCUUUGCCAACCAGACAGAGGAGGAUAUCUUGGUGAGACGGGAGCUUGAAGAAGUUGCCAGAACUCACCCGGACCAGUUUGACCUGUGGUACACCCUGGACAGGCCUCCUGUUGGCUGGAAGUACAGCUCAGGCUACAUCACCGCCAACAUGAUCAAGGAGCACCUCCCUCCUCCGGGGCAGUCCACGCUCAUCCUGGUGUGUGGCCCAAUGCCCCUGAUCCAGACAGCUGCUCAUCCUAACCUGGAGAAACUGGGUUAUACCAAGGAGAUGAUUUUCACUUACUAAUACCUUCCUUGCUCCAAGCAAAUUUGCCUGGUCCCUUUCAUCUAUUUCAGAGUGAGUCCCGCCUCACAGCAUUAAACAGGGAUGUGUUCACAAGUGCCUUGUAAUGCACCGGGGGCACAUGGCUCCUCUCUUGGGCGUGGGCCUAAGCAGAGUUCAAGGGGCUGGAAGCAGACUGCUUUCAGAGGCCUCCUAGCUUGGGAGGCUUGAAGGAAUUCCAUUUCAGUGUCUUUCCCCAAAGUGUAAUGAAAUCAACUUCAGGACAAAGCACAUAGCUCAGGACAUGUGGCUCUCUGGGGGUCCAGCUAGGCAGUUGGAGGGCCUUGGCCAGCCCUACAUGGGAACAGCCUUCUGUGUGUCCCAGGGAGAUCAGAACUGGCAAAACCAGAAAAUUCCAGAAGAACCCAAGUGUGGUCAUAUCAACUCCCAGUAACUCUCUUCAACUCUCCCCUCUCCAGAGUGUUCUAAAGUCAGACCUACCAGAGGGCCGGGCACCCUCCAUGUGCACUCUUCCUUCUUUUGUAGGAGACCCUUGAAAUGGGAAUGGUGUUAAAAGGCAUUAGGGCCAUCGUGAAUCCACAGGGCAGGCGGGCUCCAGCCGUUGUUGUUGUGCUUUGCACAACAGAGGGAAGCAAGAGCCCUGGGUUUCUUAGCAGCUUCUGAAUGCCAAGUCCUGUUCUGAUCUGGCAGCGGGUGGUGGUUAGCACAGAAGCAUCUGAACCUGCAAAUGAGACUAGGCUCCAGGAGUUAUUCCCGCAAUCCUUCCCAUUGCUAAACCCAAGCGAUACAAUGACCACCACGUCCUUGGCUGUCCGCUGCCAGGCUGACGCGCUGCUCCGUUACCUGCGAGCAGGUAAACGCUUCCUGCACUUUAGUUCCUAUCGUUCUCAUAACAAGCCAGAGAUUCCAUGGGGAUUUUGUUCUCCAAGUUACAGCUGAGGAGAGGCUCUAAGACAAAGUUAUUGUCCCCAGGUCAUUCCAACAGAAGGUGGAGAAACUGGGUUCAGACCUGGGCAUUUAAUUCCAAGUCAUUCCCUUUCCGCAAUAACUGGUAUUGUAGUAUUGUUGCUGCAGUGGGUGUCACUGGGUGUGUGCAUGUGUGCACGUGCAUGUGUGAGGGGCACAGAAGAGGGUGAGCCAGCUCUAGAGAACUCAUUUGAGUGCAGCUGUGCCCUGCCUAUGGGUGGUCUCACAGAGGGAGCAUGGGGUGCAGCAGGAAGGGGGGCAUGGGGGUGAGAGGCUGCAAGCCUUUACCCAUCUGUGUAUUCAGUGCACCCUCAGCAAAGCCCUGCUUGGGGAAAGAUACUCCACUGGGCACAGUAUGAGGAGUAAGAGCCCACCCUCAUGUUUUUCUCUAACACAGAUUUUACCCUGCGUUGUCCCCUGCUUUCAUCAGCUCCCACCUGGCCACCCAUGUCCUCACAGGGACCUGGCUCACAGGGCCUGUCCUGAUCUGACUCCAGCUUGACAUCACCAGGUUUUUCCUUCCCUGGGCUUCCCACUUUUACCCCAUUUUGUGGCCCCAGUGGUUCUCAAUGAGGGGCAGUUUUGUCCCCCAGGGAACAUUUGGCAAAAUCUGAAGACAUUUUUAUCAGAACCAGAGGAGGGGUGUUGCUGGGGUCUAGGGAGUAGAGGGUGCUGCUCACCAUCCUACAACACAGCAGACAGGCGCCAUCACAACAAAUUACCCAGCCCUAAGUGACAAUGGUGCAGAGGCUGGGAAACUCUGCUCUAGUCUUAGCAACUUUGGGCACUUGCUAGGAUGUACUGGGAUGUUCCAAGGCCAUUUGCCUGGAGCACCUUUUCCUGCUCUGGUGUACUUGGGGAACCAGAUUCAUCGCUGAAAACCAAGUAGCCCCUCUUCCUGGAAGCCUUCCCUGUCCCCUGCCCCAGCUCGCCAUUAAAAAUGACAACUAGUUUC